CAGCUGUGGGAAAAGCUGCUGAGAAGCCCCAGCCUUGAGGAGCAGUUUAGAUCUUCCCUCUCCAAACCCUUCAGCCUGCUCCCCAGAUGGAGGAUCCCAUCCAGCUGAAAGAGGAGGGCAAUAAAUAUUUUCAGGCCAGUGACUAUGAGAAAGCUGCUCAAAGCUACACUCAGGCCCUGAAGCUCAGCAAGGACAAGGCGCUGCAGGCAGUGCUCUACAGGAACAGGGCAGCCUGUUUCCUCAAGAAGGAGGAAUAUGCCAAGGCAGCCUCGGAUGCAUCUAGAGCUAUUGACAUCAAUGCUGCUGAUCUCAAAGCCUUGUACCGGCGCAGCCAGGCUCUGGAAAAGCUGGGGAAGCUGGACCAAGCGUUCAAAGAUGCUCAGAAAUGUGCCACCAUGGAACCCCGCAACAAAAACUUCCAGGAGACCCUGAGGAGACUGGGAGCCAACAUCCAGGAGAAGCUGCGCAUUCAGUUCUCCACGGACAUGAGGGUGCAGAAGAUGUUUGAAAUCCUGCUGGAUGAGAACAGUGAGAAAGAAAAGAGAGAAAAGGCUGCAAACAACCUCAUAGUCCUGGGGCGGGAGGAAGCGGGUGCCGAGAGGAUUUUCCAGAACAAUGGGGUCAGCUUGCUGCUGCAGCUGAUAGAAACCAAAAAUCCUGACCUGAUCCUGGCAGCUGUGAGGACACUUUCGGGCAUGUGCACAGGACACAAGGCUCGGGCCACUGCCAUUCUGCACUACCUGGGCAUUGACAACAUUUGUAUGUGGAUGUCAGUAGACAAUGAAGAAAUCUCCCUGGCUGUCUGCAACCUCCUGCAGACCAUCACCGACUGCUUGCUGGGCCAGGGGAAAGAGGAGCAUCACGGCAAGGAGGAGGCAGUAGUUCUAGAUACUAAAAAAGAUCUGAAGAUGAUCACCACGCAUUUGCUGGAUAUGCUGGUCAGCAAGAAAGUGUCUGGGCAAGGGCGAGACCGAGCUCUGAACCUCCUCAACAAGAAUAUACCAAGGAAGGACCUGAAAGACCACGACAACAGCAGGAGCAUCUUUGUCAUCGACAAUGGCUUAAAAAAGAUACUGAAAGUGGUGGGCCAGAUUCCUGAGCUGCCUGACUGCCUGCCAAUGACAGAGAACACCCAGCUCACUGCCUCUGUGCUCCUGAAUAAACUCUACGAUGACCUGCGCUGCGACCCGGAGCGGGACAACUACCGGGUGAUCUGUGAGGAGUACAUCAAGAGCAAAGUUGACCCACAGGACAUGGAUAAGACGCUCCAUGCCAUCCAGAUGGUGUCUGGAGUUCUGCAAGGACCCUUUGACUUGGGCAACAAGCUGCUUGGCAUGAAGGGAAUCAUGGAGAUGAUGGUUGCCCUGUGUGGAUCUGAGAGGGAGAUUGACCAGCUGGUGGCUGUGGAAGCUCUCAUCCAUGCCUCCACCAAACUGAGCCGGGCCACCUUCAUCAUCUCCAACGGGGUGACGCUCCUGAAGGAGAUCUACAAGAAAACCAAGAAUGAAAAGAUCAAAAUCCGAGCCCUGGUGGGUCUCUGCAAGCUGGGCUCAGCAGGAGGUACAGAUUAUGGACUGAGGCAGUUUGCUGAGGGAUCCACUGAGAAGUUGGCCAAGCAGUGUCGAAAGUGGUUGUGCAACACCAGCAUCGAUGCCCGCACCAGGAAGUGGGCGGUGGAAGGGCUCUCGUAUCUAACCCUCGAUGCAGAUGUGAAAGAUGACUUUGUGGAAGAUGAGCCAGCCCUGCAAGCUAUGUUUGAAUUAGCCAAGACAAGUGACAAGACUAUCUUGUACUCUGUGGCUUCUGCACUGGUGAACUGUACCAACAGCUAUGACACCAAGGAGCUGGUCCCAGAGCUGGUGCAACUGGCAAAGUUCUCCAAGCAGCAUGUCCCUGAGGAGCAUCCAAAGGACAAGAAGGAUUUUGUGGUGAAGCGGGUGAAGCGGCUGCUGAAAGCCGGCGUGGUCUCUGCCUUGGCCUGCAUGGUGAGGGCCGACAGCGCCAUCCUGACGGACCAGAGCAAGGAGCUCAUUGCCAGGGUGUUUCUUGCCUUGUGUGAAGACCCCAAGGACCGUGGGACCGUUGUCGCUCAAGGCGGUGGAAAGGCCCUGAUACCUCUGGCUGUGGAAGGCACAGAAGUUGGCAAGAUAAAGGCUUCUCACGCUCUAGCAAAAAUUGCUUCUAUCUCCAAUCCAGAUAUGGCAUUCCCAGGGGAGAGGGUGUACGAGGUGGUGAGGCCGCUCGUCAGCCUGCUGAACACAGAGAGAGACGGCCUUCAGAAUUACGAGGCUCUCUUAGGCCUCACCAACUUUGCAGGAAAAAGUGAUAAACUCAGGAUGAAGAUAAUCAAAGAGAAGGCCCUGCCAGAUAUUGAGAACUAUAUGUUUGAGAACCACGACCAGCUUCGACAGGCAGCCACAGAGUGCAUGUGCAACCUGGUGAUCAACAAGGAGGUCCAGGAGCGGUUUGUGGCUGAUGGGAACGACCGGCUGAAGUUGGUGGUGUUGCUGUGUGGUGAGGAUGAUGAGAAAGUCCAGGUUGCAGCAGCUGGAGCCCUGGCCAUGCUUACAGCAGCACAAAAGAAACUCUGCUCUAAGAUGACCCAAGUGACCACUCAGUGGCUCGAAAUCCUGCAGAGGCUCUGCUUGCAUGAUAACAUGGAAGUGCAGCACCGAGGCCUGGUCAUCACCUUCAACUUAAUCAGCGCUGACAAAGAGCUAGCGAAGACACUGGUGGAGACAGAGCUCCUUGAGAUCCUGACAUACAUCAGCAAGAAAGAAAAUGACCCCAAGAAGCAGCACAUCAUUAACGUAGCACGUGAUUGCCUGACAAAGUGCAUGGAUUACGGGCUGAUCAAACCUCUCUCUCAGGCGUGA